UCGAAAAUGGCAGCGCCCAGAAUAGACACAUGUAAUGUCUCUUGUUGUGCUAAUCGCACUUCUAAUGUUGUGUCAUGGGGCAGAGGAGGUCUUAUCGCAUUCGGGACAUGUAAUUCAGUUGCCCUUUAUAAUCCACAGGAAAUAAGGAUUGUUGAGGUGCUGAAUAAACACACUGGAAGAGUGAAUGCUGUCCAGUGGGUUCAUAAACAAGACUGCAGUCCGGAAACCCAGCUGGUAUCUGGUGGGUCAGAUAAUCAUGUUAUUGUCUGGGAGAAGCAGGAUGGGAAGUUCACAGCAUGUGCAGUGUGUUCGGGACACUCAGGGCCCGUGUGUGCAGUGGAUGCCAUGUCUCUGUCCUCCUCUCAAUUACUGGUGGCCUCAGCAUCUUCUGACUCCUCUGUUAAACUCUGGACGUGCAGCUCUGAUACAGCUGAAUGCCUCCAGACCGUAUCUUUUGGGAGCGGGUUCAUGAUGGAUGUCUCCUUGGCGCUGUUGCCAGGCAGCAGAGUUCCAGUACUCGCCUGUGGGGGAGAUGACAGCAGAGUUCACCUGUAUGUGCAGCUAAAUGGACAGUUUCAGAGGCUUCUGACUCUGACAGGACAUGAGGAUUGGGUCCGAUGUGUGGAGUGGGCCACUAAAGAUGGAGAGCUCUGGCUAGCCAGCUGUUCGCAGGACUGCCUGAUCAGAGUGUGGAGACUGUUUGCCAAGACUGCCACUGAACCAAACCAGCAGACUGAGGCUGUUAUCAAAAUGAAGGAGAAUGUUUUUCAAGUGUCUGGAGAUGAGUUUGCUGUGACUCUUGAAACAGUGUUGGCUGGCCAUGAAAACUGGGUUUAUGGAGUUCACUGGCAACCUCCAUGUGUCAAAGGUGACUUAGUGGAACAGCCCCUGAAGCUGCUGUCUGCCUCAAUGGACAAGACCAUGAUCUUAUGGGGGCCAGAGGAGGAUUCAGGGAUGUGAAUGGAGCUGGUUCGUUUUGGGGAAGUUGGAGGAAACACCCUGGGUUUCUAUGGAUGCCAGAUGAGUCCAGACGGCUUUAUGAUUCUGGCUCAUGCCUUUCACGGAGCGCUGCACCUCUGGCACUGUGACAGCAACCAGGGAGAAUGGAGGCCUAGUGUGGUCAUUUCGGGUCACUUUGGCGCACUGCAGGACUUGAGCUGGGACCCUGAGGGAGAGUUUAUCAUCACUGUUGGAUCAGACCAAACUACCAGACUCUUUACACCCUGGACCAGAAAAGGAUGCUCAGAGAUUACCUGGCAUGAGAUCUCAAGGCCGCAGAUUCACGGUUAUGACAUGCAGUGUCUGACUAUGGUUGGGUGUUUUCAGUUCGUGUCCGGUGCAGAUGAAAAAGUCCUGCGGGUGUUCAAGGCUCCAAGGAAUUUUGUGGAGAACAUUGCUAACAUAUCAUGCACCUCUGUGAAGAAACUGCUGGGCUGUAAUGAAAUAGCAGAUCUCCCAGAGGGAGCCAGCACUCCUGCCCUUGGCCUGUCCAACAAGGCCGUGUUUCAAGGUGACCUGGCAUCUCAGAGCCCUCAACAGGACAGUGAAGAUUUCAAUAGCCUGUCCGACCAAUAUAAAGAAUCCUACUUUCAACCUCUCAAACUCAUUGAGCCUCCGACAGAGGACGACCUUUUGCAGAACACACUGUGGCCAGAGGUACAGAAGCUGUAUGGGCACGGCUUUGAGAUGUUUUGUCUGGCAUCGAAUUCUGCGAGGACUGUGGUGGCUUCAGCAUGUAAGGCCUCUAAACCGGAACAUGCUGCCAUUCUUCUGUGGAGCACAACUUCCUGGAAACAGCUUCAGUCACUGCCCUGCCACAGCCUGACCAUCACUCAGAUGGCAUUCUCCCCGAAUGGACACCUUCUGCUCGCUGUUUCCCGAGAUCGCACCUGGUCCCUAUGGAGACAAGGAAACCCUGACUCAGAUACAGGUCAGCACACCUCCCCUUAUCCCUUAUUCAUCUUUGUUCCCUAA